AUGUCAAGUGCUAGAUUCCUUGAUUUCCAAUACAGUCUUUCAAAGAGAAAGUACCUGCGCACACCAUCUCGUCUCUUUUCCUCCCCAAAAAGGCUCAAUUCUGGAUUGAAACAGAUUUUUGAGCCAAGCAUAGAUGACAUGAAGCAGGUAUUUGACAAGUUUGAUUCCAACAAAGAUGGGAAAAUUUCUCAGCAGGAGUAUAAGGCCACCCUGAAAUCUCUAGCCAUGGGGGGAAAUAUGGCUCGUGAAGUUUCUGAUAUUUUCCGGGUGGUCGAUCAGGAUUUAGAUGGUUUUAUCAGUUUCAAGGAAUUUGUGGAAGCUCUGAAAAUGGGUGGUGGGAUUAGAAGAGUGGACAUAGAAAGUGCAUUCAGGGUAUUUGAUAAGAAUGGUGAUGGGAAGAUUAGCGCAGAGGAAGUUCAGGAUAUGCUGAGGAGGCUGGGGGAAAGAUGCAGCCUUGAUGAUUGCACCAGAAUGGUGAGUGCUGUGGAUACUGAUGGAGAUGGCAUGGUUGACAUGGACGAGUUUCUUGUAAUGAUGACUCAGUCCUUGACACGUAGCUGA